AUGCAUCGAGCACUUCUCCACGUUUCCAGACGCGCUGGAGCCGUCAGAAACUUGGCUUCCACUGUAGAAGGCGACGCUUUCAGGCUCAAUGAGUAUAGUUCCAAGUAUUUGGGACAUCGGAAGGCGGCGUUCACUGAAAAGCUGGAAAUCAUAAACGCCGACGACACGCCAGCCAUCCCAAUCUACCGUGUCACCAAUGCCGUCGGCGAUGUCAUCGACAAGUCUCAGGACCCGAAUUUCGACGAGCCCACCGCCAUUAAAAUGUACAAAACGAUGACCCAACUGAACAUAAUGGACCGUAUUCUGUAUGAUUCUCAGCGUCAGGGACGCAUCUCCUUCUAUAUGACGUCGUUCGGCGAGGAGGGAAAUCAUGUGGGAAGUGCCGCCGCGUUGGAGUCCCAUGAUUUGAUCUAUGGACAGUAUCGAGAGGCUGGAGUGCUCUUGUGGAGGGGCUACAGUAUGGAGAACUUUAUGAAUCAGUGCUACGGAAAUGCUGAUGACUUGGGCAAAGGUCGCCAAAUGCCGAUGCACUUUGGAGCCAAAGAGCGUAACUUUGUGACGAUCUCCUCCCCCCUCACCACUCAACUACCACAAGCCGUCGGCUCCGCCUACGCAUUCAAACAACAAAAAGACAAUCAACGCAUCGUCGUCGUCUAUUUUGGAGACGGAGCAGCUUCAGAGGGUGAUGCUCAUGCGGCGUUCAACUUUGCAGCCACUCUCAAAUGCCCAAUUAUCUUCUUCUGUCGGAAUAACGGUUAUGCCAUCUCGACACCAACCAGUGAGCAAUACGGUGGAGAUGGUAUCGCUGGAAAGGGACCCGCCUAUGGGUUGCAUACCAUUCGCGUUGAUGGAAACGACCUCCUAGCGGUAUACAACGCCACGAAGGAGGCUCGCCGUGUGGCUCUGACCAACCGCCCGGUGCUCAUCGAAGCGAUGACAUAUCGUCUGGGACAUCACUCGACAUCCGACGACUCCACGGCUUAUAGAUCAGCGGAGGAGGUGGAGACGUGGGGUGAUAAGGAUCACCCGAUCACUCGCUUCAACAAGUACAUCACCGAGCGUGGAUGGUGGAAUGAGGAGAAGGAGAAGGACUGGCAAAAGGAGGUGAAGAAGCGAGUGCUCACGGAGUUCUCGGCUGCUGAAAAACGAAAGAAGGCUCAUUAUCACGACCUAUUCGAUGACGUCUACGAUGAGCUUCCACUGCGUCUACGUCGUCAGAGAGAUGAGCUGGAUGCGCAUAUCAAGGAGUACAAGGAGCACUAUCCAAUGGACGGACUCAAGGAGACACACAACCACUAA